AGGCCUCUAUCUGUCCCUCAGUCACAGACAGGACACACAAGCUUCACUUUCAUCUUUACAGUAACAACAUGUACAGGAUGAUCCUGACUGCAGGCCUCUGUUUGAUCAUCGCCAGCUUGGCCAGAACCACCAGUGCUAGCUGUAUCAGCACUAGCACUAAUGGAUGCCCUGCAGGGUUCUGUACUGGGAGGACAGAUGGCAACUACAUCAAUGCAGCCAACCCAAAUUCAUUCUACCAGUGUUCCAAUCAGCUGACCUACAGCACACCUUGCCCAGCAUCAGGACUGGUCUAUAGAGCUCCCUGUGACUGCUGUGACUACCCAAACAACCCAUGUCCUGCCACAAAAACGACAUCUCCUACUACCACUCCCUACGAUCCCUACUGCCAGAACAAGCAAGAUGGCUACUAUUGUUACACAAACGACUACUCCAAAUACUACUGGUGCGUCGGUGGAAGAACCUACAUCAUGCCAUGCCCACAAGGCACGAUCUUCACCCCUAAAGUCAACAACUGUGUCCGUCCUGAAAAUGCUUAAAUACCUGUUGUCUUUGCUCUGGAAUUACUCAGCAAUUUCACCCAUGUAUCAAUAUGUAACAAAACUAUGCUUUUUGUGGAGUCUUGUUGGGCUUUGUUGCUUCUCUGUUCAGGGACAUGUUAGCUAAUUCUGCCACUGAUGGCGCUUGCACUUACUGUAUCUGAUGAAUUAUCGUGGAGAAUAGAAGUGCCUGUUUAUGCUUCUUCAUGCAAACUUAUAUUAAAUCUGGAAAACUCAA